CCUUUUUUUAAUCUACUUUUUUUUUCCUCUCUUCUGUUCAUUUGAAUACUGAAAUAAUUUAAGAUAAUAAUUUUUAAAAAAUGAAUGAUUGGGCUGGUCCGAUUAUAGCAACAGCACUAUUUGGAUUUCUAUCUCCAGGAUUAUUGUUUCAAAUGCCAGGGAAGAUUACACCAGUUGAUUUCAUGAACAUGAAGACCAGUUGGGUUUCUGUAUUGGUUCAUGCUCUCCUCUUUGGUUUGAUCCUUAUUCUUCUACUUGUUAAUUUCAAUCUACAUCUCUAUGUUUAAAAUUAAAUUAAUCACUAGCUAGACUAGUUAGCCAAUACAGGCAGACUCUUUUGUUUACUAUAAACAUGCUCUAUUAUUUUGUUACUACUGAGGAAGCUCAGUCUUCAGAAGAAUAAUUAUAUACAAACUUCAGUUAAAUAUUUUGUAUUCAAUACUUCAAGCCAGAGGCUUUAAUCUCUCA